GGGUGCACUCGGCCGGCGGGAGCGGCGGGGCCGUGCCGUGCGGUGCCGGAGGGGCCGCACGAUGUACACGCUGACGCGCGGCCCCAGCAAGCUGGCCACGCAGCGCCGCACAGGUCCCACGCAGCAGCCGGUGGAGAGCAAGGUGGGCGAGCCGCGGGGCCGGCUGCAGCCCGGAGCCUGGCCCCCCGCCAGCCCAGCCCAGAAGCUCAUCUUCAACAGAGUGAACGGCAAACGGCCGCAGGUGCUGCUGCCACACACAUCUGUGCCCGAGGAGAGCUACACGGCUGCGCACGAGGAGAACGUCCGCUUCGUCUACGAAGCCUGGCAGGAGGUGGAGCAGCAGCUGGACGGGGGGCAGAGGGGGGAGAGCGCCCGUGGGCCUGUGCAAUACGUAGAGAAAACCCCGAACCCCCGGCUGAAACACUUUGUUCCCAUUGACCUGGAGGAGUGGUGGGCGCAGCAAUUUCUGGCCAAAAUUGAAAACUGCUCAUAAAAGGGAAGCCGGGCUUUUUUCACUGUUACUUUUUUUUUUUUUCCUUUUUUCUAAAAAAAAAAAAAAAAAACCCGAAACAAAACAAAACAAAAAAACCCUAAAACAACAACAACAACAACAACCCAACGACAAAGCCAAGAGCCUCCGGUCGGACGCCGCGCUCGGCAGUAUUUAAACACCUUUUUCAAGCCGACGGCAGCCCGUGCCCCUCUGCCAGCCCCGAGGACAGCGGGAGCGGACCACAGCCAUGCCCGGGGCGGGCCGGACGAGCUGCGUGCGGCCCCGGCCGGGAUUCCUUAAGUGCCAGUUCUGAGCCCGCUGCAGCUCCGGGACACUGCGGGGUGUGAGGGCAGCCCCCCACCCCACCCCCCUGCUGGAGGACAACGGGUCACUGUAGCAGGACAGACAAUAAAGCGCUGAAACUGCC